GGGCCUGGCUCGCUUCAGAGCCUCUUGAAGAGAAAGGGCUGGGCCAACAAGACCAUCGCGGGGGUGGUCUUCGACCAGGACGACUUUUCCAUCUUCAAGGUGGGCUUCGAUGUCUCCGAGGCCCUUUGUCAGCUUGUCGGGAUUGUGACGGGUUUGCGGCAGAAGGAGGCUCUCUAUGGAGCGGUCUUUAGCGUGCUCCGGCAGAUGCAGGAGAGCGGCAUGGACGCUGUGCCUGACUAUUCCAUUCAGGAGACGAGAGAGCUUGCGGAGCUGCGCUGGCGCUUUGCCGAGAAGCCAAGGAGUCAGCAGGCUACACUUGAGGCUGUGGAGGCAAUGGAGGACAGGCUAUCGCCCGCAACUUACCUCAGUAAUCGUGUGCUUCUCUUUGACCCACCAGAAGAUGGGCCGAACAAAGGCAGCCUGAAGCGGGCGAUUUUCGGCCUUCUCCAGCAGCUCACACCCGAGCGUGCACGCUACGCCACCUUCGCGCGGGAGAAUGCGGGGAAGGCGAAGCAGACCGAGACGUGGUACGGCGUCAAGUAUGCAGAGAGGGAGCUGCAGAAGUCGGCCUUCACAGGCUGGUCCACGCGGCCAACGGCAGACUUACUGGAGGGCUGGAGCUACCCGAAGCCGAAUCCCUUCAUCCCCAAAGACUUCGACCUGGCCUGGCCACAGGCCUCGGCUCGGGAGAAGGCGGCUGCCUCCUCGAAGCCCCCGGAGCUGAUUCGGAAGGAUGACCGGUGGCGAGUUUUCUUCAAGGCAGACCAGGCAUUCGGCGUGCCCAAGGCAACCGUCAUCUUGCAGUUCUGGUUUCCGGACGCUGAGCACAGAUCCUCCUCAGCUCCCGGAUCUGCAGUGGACACGCCCGAGGGUCGAAUUGUCGCUCGCAUCUGGCAGUUGUCCUUGGCGGAUCGCCUCACCGAGGAGUACUACGAUGCGCAGCUUGCUGGCCUCAACGCCGGCUGUGGCUCGACUACUGUGGGGCUGAAUGUCAGCUUCAGCGGCUACAGCGACAAGCUGCCGGUUUUCGUGGGAGAGGUCCUUGCGAAAAUCCGGGACUUCGAUGGACCUUCGGAGAGCGAGUUUGCGCGGGCGUUGGAUAACCUGAAGCGAGAGCAGGCUUCUUUCGACGUCCAGCAGCCCUUUGCACAUGCAGCCUACUUCUCCCGCCUAGCGACCUUCUGCCCAGAGUAUAGCAUCGAAGACUUGCGGAAGGCCACCAGCAAGGUUACGUUGUCGGCUGUCCGGGACUACUCUAGGCUGCUUCGCAGCGCGGAGCAGGGCUUCUUUGGGCAGAAGACCAAGACUUCGUUGAGUGUCAACUUCAUAUCGUCUGUGACGAUGCGGCCUUCAACGCGGCAGAACCUCGCCUUGGCCUUUAUCUUCAUGCUGGCCGUUCGGGAUGUCUCCGCUGCGCGAGACUCCUUCAACGUGGCUGAGAUGGUAACUUUGGCUGCCAACACUAUGGAGCAGAGCAGCCAGUUUCAGGUCAGGGGCAUGGACACGAAGUAUCGCAUCAUGCCGGACGCCAUCGUGAUGACUAAGGAAAUGAAAACCAUGGCCGUUGUCGGCAUCUCGGGGUGGCAAGCCUUUGACGGAAGAUCCUGGGGACCUAGCAAAUACAGCAAGGACGAAAUGCUCUGGAUCCGCACCGAGAGGAACCCCAUCAUCGGCGAAACCACCGCCAGCACCAUCCCUUGGCGCUAUGCUGGUUAUCCCGUCUACAGGAAGGGGAGCCAGAAGCCUUACUACCUCUACAAGGGAGUCCAGAGCACCAUUGACAUCGACGCAGUAAACAUGGCCUCGGAAGAGACAUUUUCCGAAGUUCACGUGGAAGUCGAAGGGCAAACCUCCAAGCCGCUGAAGUCUCCAGACACGGAGCUCGUGGCAAUGGUGGACGCCAUGCUGGGCCAGAGCUCCUGCCUAAACAGCCCCAGCCUGUGCGCGUUCCGCUGCUUUUACGACUCCGACGACGACGUUUGUGGACCACUUGCCUUUUGCAAGAAAGUUGCCGAAGGUGAGACGCCCACUGCUCUGGCUCCGUUUGGUGACCAGCAGAAAUGCAAAGCAGUCGGUGGCAGUACCCAUGAGGAGGCCGACAACAUUCUCACGACUGAAGCCAUCCCUGCAUUGAAGGAAAAGGCACUGGACGUUGUCAAAAAGAUGGAAGACUUGGAGGCGGUCUCCGCAUCAAGCGCCGGCCGUUCGAGCAUGAAGAAGACUGCAGAGCUUUGGGAAGAAGCCGCGGAUGUGCUCCAAGUCUUUGAGACGCUUCCUUCAAGGACAGAUCCUGAAGUGGGGAAGUUCACGGCAGCACAUCGCCGAGCAAGCCAAACGGACAUGAAGCAUUGGCGCCAUCGCCAGGAUCGCUUGACGACUGCGCAGUACAAGGCUGCAAAGGAUUCGUCCGUGGCAGCUCUCCGAGCCUCCCAGGAUGUCUCUGUGCCUGCAAAGCUGCACUCUGAGCUCGUCAACUUCGUACUCAAGCGCCCCCGAAUCAUUAUUGAGACGGCCAAGCUGGAGUCCAAAGACAAGUGUGUUCUGAAAGACGAAACACUCGCUGAGAAGGAGCAGCUGAAAGACUUCAUGAACUAUUUCAUGAAGGUGCCUGGUUACAAUGCCGGCGAUCUCGAGGGCCAAACUCUGAACUUGCCAGAGCACUGCCAAGACUAUCUGAAGACGCUCAGCGGUUCUUCCAUGGCAGACUUGCUCAGCACUGCUGAUGAGGCAGCGGCGCACAUGGAGACGGCCACAAACCCGCCGGACUCACGUACAGCGUCGUCUUUGGAGCUCAAGUCCGAGAGAUUGCUGGCUGCGGUGAGUCGCGAUGAGGAAGCGCGAAUUCUGCUGCACAGCGACUCCUGGAUGGAUGAGUCGGAGGCGGCGCGAACACAAUUCGUCUUCAUCCUCUUCUGCAUCCUCGUCGCCAUCGUUUGCUUUGUGGUGGCGGGAUUAUUGUUUACAUUUGCCAUCGCCUCGAUGAACUCCUGCAGCGAGGGCAGCGGGGGUGGUGGCUGCCAGGCCUUCUUUGUCUGCGGUAUUCUCGGCGGCCUGGUGCUCUUUGGUGCCUUCUGCAUGGCAUGGCCGGUGGGCCUGGCAGUGGUCAUUGGUUUGAUUGUGGCUGGAAUCGUUGCCGUCGUCAGAAACAGUAUGUUGGAGAAGCCGAACAUGAAGGAAGCUGCGUCUUGCAGCUGCGCAGCUCCACUUGGCGAGCUGAGUGCCUGCCCGACAGCGCUUAUCCACGGCAACCUACGGGCGAAGGCCGCCCAGGACAUCCUCUCCGCACUGGACUUGCUGCCCUUCCGAGGUGCCUCAGCACCAACGUCCUCUACUUCCAUGCUUCUCCGCUCGCGUUUCGCUUGCCUGGACGCGGGGCAGGAAUGUCUGCAAGUUCAGCCGGAGCCCAAUGCGGAGAAUGUGAACCACGCGCUUGUCUCGGUCUUUUGGACGGGGGACGAAGCCAUCGAUGGCUUGCGCACCCAGCUGCUCGAGAGGAUCCUCAAGUCCGCCUUCUACACCAGCUUGCGCACGCAGCAGCAACUGGGCUACAUUGUCCAGUCUCAGAGCGAUCGCAUCGGCAACCUUGCCCGGCUGGUGCUCGUGGUACAGAGCAGUGUUAAAGCACCCCCCGACCUGCUGGCGGCCGUGGAUGGCUUUCUGAAGGACUUCCGACCUCAGCUCGAAGCUCUCUCUGAUAGUCGCUUGGCUAGCAAUCAGUCCGGAAGUUCGCCGGAAAUUCAUGAACUGUUAGGUUUUCCCAUUUCCAAGGUCAGCUACAGCCUUUCAAGGCUUCCCUCCGCGAGGAGUUCCUUCGCCCAGACCAACGCCUGGGAGCUGAGACGGGCCGGUGGUUCGGCGAGAUUGCAGGAUUUCAAUACUCCUGGCGCCGCCGAGAAGAAGAGGGCCAUGUCCGAGAUGAAGGAGGCUGCGCGGGCGAAGAAGAUACUCGUCAUCGAGGACCCGCUGCGCUUCAACCAAGAGGCCGCCAAGUGGCCUCUCCGUCAUGACUGGCUGAUCCUGGCGCUGCCGGAAGAUCCACGGAAGUUGCGGGUCAAGGUCGCCCUGCGCAACAGCGGCAUUCUCAAGAAGAAGGCUCCGAUUCGUGGCUUGCUGCUCGUGACAGCAAAGAAGAAGUCGGACAAGUCGGCAAUGUUGGUUGGCAUCGUAUUCACGGUGAAGCUGCUCCAGGACACAGACUUAGCGGGUUGCCGGGCAAAGUUGAUAUUGAACGGAGCACGGCAUCAAACUGUAUGUGUGCUGGGAAUCCUGCUACAGGAGAACUGCGACUUCAAGAAGCCGUACCUGCUCACCUACUUACAUGAGCUGGCUCUCAUGGCUGCUGCAGUGCCCUUGGCUGCCUACGGCCAGGGUCGUCGCCUCUGGGCAGCUUCGCGCCCACUGCUUUUCCGCGGCUGGGGCAUGGGGCUGCUGGCUUUUGGAGCCAACAUCUCGUUCACAGCCGCACUGGUCUUGACGACUGCGAGCUCUGCGAUGACUCUGGAGCAGCUGACGCCCGUCUUCAUCGCAGGACUAUCCUUCUUCUGCCUGCGCGAGAGGUAUCGGCCCUGCCAGCUCUUUUGGCUGGUGGUGGCCAUCGCAGGCUCCGUGGUUACAGCGCGGAGUGACCUGAAGGAGUGUCAUAGCGGAGCUUGCGACGGCUCACAGCCUUUGCUGGGCGACUUGCUGGUCGUGGUCACUUGCAUCACAGCCGCCCUUUAUAUGGUGCUCUUUAAGCUCAUCUUUGCCCACGGCUGUGAUUGGCAGACCUUCUUUACAUACUUCAUGGUCAAGGGCAUGGCCGUAGCCGUGUUUGGAGGCCUUGGUUUACUGUUCCUGCCAAGCUCGCAGCUUGGGCUUCCCACGGGUGCGAAAGGCUGGUAUUAUUUGUCCAUCAAUAUGAUCUUAAACAUUUGCUUUAACCUGUCGCUUGCCUGGGGCAUGUUAGUCGUCAGCCCCCUUGCCUGUCGACUCUUCGUACUGCUGGGCCUCCCACUGUCGCUGCUUCUGGACUCGGCUCUGGGGAUCGCUAUCGUUUUCCAGCGAGUGCUCGGGGUCUUUCUGGUCACCUUGGGCGUUGCCGGCUUCGAGGCUGCCACGAAUGCGAACGCGAAGUCCGAGCGCGGGGAGCGCAGCGGCGAGCGAGGGGACCUUGAGAUCGAGAACGUGUCGGAUGCCCGUGACGAGGCCGAGGCCGAAUGCAUCACCAGCCCGGGCCUCCAGAUUGCGGACACAGAGGUCUCCGACGAUACGACCUCCCAGAGUCAGGAGCCGUCUAGCUGGGGGUCGGAGACUCUUCUACUUCGCCCGGGACACCUCAUCAGAAGGCUGCAGCCCAGCGAGGACCCUCUCAGAGCAUUCGAGCAUGCACAGCGCGCCGCAGACGGCGCAGCUUGGCUGCCCGAUCCCGAGGAGAUGGCCCCGCACAUUCCUCGCGGACUCCUCCUGCUGGCCCGUUCUCAAAGACUUGAAGAUUCAGCUGUGCCCAUGCCGACUCUUCUGGCAGUCGAGGAGGUCUGCAGGAGAUGCCCCUGGAUGCUGAAAGCGGAGGAUGGCGACAGCGACGAGGAGAAAGUCGUUUUGGACGACCGUCUUCUUCCGGCCCGGGAGCCUCGCCGGAUCGAAGUGUGCCUGAGGAAGGUGGACCCGGAAGAUUUGCUGGGCUUCAGCGUGGAGGCGGAUGCAAUCCGGCCCGGCUGCUUACAGAUUGUGUCCAUCUCCGAGAAGGGCCUACUUGGACGGCGCAAUGCAGCUGUGGACGCUGCGGAGCGUGCAGUGGAAGGCUCCUGGGUCGUUGAGGUAAAUGGCGUGGUGGACAACCUGGAAGCCAUGCGCUGCGAGCUGGAGGCUGCAACCAUCUCGCUGGUCGUCCUUGUGCCCCAGCUGGAGGAGUCAGACGACUUUGGCCGGAAGAGGCCAAGCCGACCUGCUGUGAUACCGCAUGCCAAAGUCCAGGGAGAAGUGCCACUCUGCCGAUGCAACGGGUACUGCAAGUGCGGCCUUGCCGAUGCACUGGGGCGGGCGCGCGAGGACUACGGAAAGUGGAACGUGGCACAGCCGGCCUUGCGCAUCAGCAAUUUGCACCCGGCUGUGACGGAAGAAAUGCUAUACAGCUUAUUUACAGAGCUGGCGCCAGUCGCCACCUUGCGUGUGGUGCGGGACACCAAGACCCUGGAGUCCGAACUGCACGGCUUUGUGAACUUCCACACUUUCAAUGAUGCGCAGAAGGUGCUGGAGGCGCUAGAUGGCAGGCCUUUGCAUGGGCGCAGAUGCUUUCUCAGCUGGUCCUCCCGAGCCAGGCGCGAGGAAGCAGAAGCUUGGGCUCCACCACCACUCAGUACCACCGAAGGCUCGCGGCAGAUCCGGUCGUACCAGUUACCCGUCGCACCUGGUAAAGUUGAGCGAGAAGGCCACGGCAACACUGACUGA